ACAUUUUUAUAUGGCAUCUAGCUGGAAGGCGAACAGCUCUUACGGUGUGUCUAUGGUGUAUUUCCAUUUCUGAUUAAUAAAUGGGUUGGAAUACCCCACCAUAGUCCAUCAGUUAUCAUCAUUGAGUGCGUCGUCUGAAUAAAGUCUGGCUAGACUGCUACAGUAAGAGCUUUCUCCUGCAUCAUUCCUGCUGCCACGCUGCAUGAUCGAGCCAUGAAGACCACACGGAGCUACGUUGCUACUCAGCAUGUGAUGACAACAGAUACUUCUUAGAGCAACUUGGCACCAUUUUACGGAUCAGAUGGACAUAGACUUCAUGGUCAUCACGCAGGCAGUUUAUUGGUUUGGUGUGAAGGUCAGACAAGGUAUGGAACAUUUCAUUUUAACUAAGAAGUAACGAUCCAUCUUCAAGAAGAACGUCAACUCAUCUUUAAUAGUUAAAGAAGGUAAAAGGGUGUCAAUUACAAAGGACAUUUACGGAAUAGACACAAAAAAAAAAAAAAAAAAAAAAAAAAGGUGGAUGUUUUAUAUGGAAACUGCAUUUGAAGCUUAUGUUUGAGUUUUAUUUUUCUUUGCAUUGUACGAAGGCUACCUGCCCUUUCUUUGAUGUGGUGCUAAAGUAAGGAAUUUCUUCUUAAUUAGUGCAGUCUAUAAACUACGGUAAAUACGGAAAAUCCAUUAAAUAAGGUUUAUUAAACUGUAACUAAAUAUGAAGAAAAUGGAGAAUCCCACCCCACAAUCAGAGCUAGAGAAUCAGAUUGAUAGCCUCCAAAUUAGAAUCGAAGCCCUUAAAGCAUCUCUUAUAAAUACACCAGAGUGUGCAGAGAGAGAAGUUUUUGAAAAAGAAAUCCAAGGCAAAGAAAGGGAAUUGAGCAGCUUACAAAGUGAACUAACAGCAGGCCUCCGACGCUCAACCCGUCCAAAAAAUCCAACUUCUAAAAUGCUCGAAAUGCAACAAGAAGAGGCAAGAAAAAGGGAAAGAAAGUUCACCUCAACAUAUGAAAAAUGGAAGACUCGAGCCCGUGAGUCAAGAGAGCAGCUUAAGUUGGAUAUCAAUGAAAGUGAACUGGCUUCUCUGAUGGACUCUUUAGAGAAGGACAAAGAGGCUGUGUUGAAUGCCUACCUUGAAGUGCGAAAUCACAUCACACCGUCACCGGCUUUAAGGCGCCGUGUUGAUAGUUGUGAGGCCAUUACAGCAGAUAUUUUAAAGGUUACCUAUGAGAGAAUGUCAGGCAUUGAUGGAGAUUAUGAUGAACAGCAAGUAAAAUCCCGUCUUAAAGAACUACUUAAGAGUAGCUAUGCACGUUCCAUCUAUGGAUCCACUGUCUCUCGAAUUACUAACUCAGUCCACAGUCAUGAGAGCACAUCCCUUACAGUUAAGCGAGUGGAUGCUGCAGCAGAGCUUGCCGCAAAGGAAGCAGAGUUUCAAGGGUUGCUGGAAGAAGAGAAGCAAAUGGAAAAAAUAGAGCAGCAACAAAGGCAAAUAGAAGUAGAAAAACGCAGACUUGAACGCCUUCAGGCAGAAAAGGAUUUAAAGGCUGCCCGGGCCAGACUGCAUGUUUACGAACAGAGAGCAUCGCAGGAAGGCAGUGUUUCUUACUCAAGUAGUUCAGAGAGAAAUCAGAACCCAGCUGUGACCAGCAAUCGAACAAACAAUGUUUUAGCAUCGUCACCUGACAUGAAUGUGUUAUCCCUCGCCCAAGUCUUUCAAGACAGUAUGGCUCUAAAUAGACUUCCAGUACCAGAACCAUCUGUUUUUAACGGUGACCCUAUCCAUUUUAUUGAGUGGAAAACCUCCUUCAUGUCACUUAUUGACGCAAAGGCAAUCUCCACAGCAGACAAACUUUAUUACUUAAGGAAAUAUGUUGGUGGUCCAGCUCGAAGAACCCUUGAAGGAACUUUCUAUAGAAAUGAUGAUGAGGCUUACAAGGACGCGUGGAACAAGCUAGAUGACAGAUAUGGCCAAGCCUUCAUUAUACAGAGAGCCUUCCGUGACAAGCUCACUAAUUGGCCAAAGCUCCAACCAAGGGAUGCAGAAGCAUUAAGAGAUUUUGCAGACUUCUUGAACGCCUGUCAAGAUGCAAUGACACAUGUGAAGAGUCUUGAAAUACUGAACGACUGUGAGGAAAAUAAGAAGCUAGUCCACAAAUUACCUGAGUGGCUAGCAUCUCGCUGGAAUAGGAAAACCACAGAAGCCUUGAAAGAGAAAAAAGAGUUUCCCAGCUUCAAAGACUUUGCCACCUUUAUGGCUAUGGAAGCAGAGGUUGCUUGUAAUCCGAUUACUUCAGCCUAUGCACUUCACAGCUCUGAGUCCACCACUACAAAACGAGAAAGCAGGGAGCCUAAGCGUAACAAGGCAAGUGUUCUGAGUACUCAAACUGGGACCAGUGAGGACAAACAGAGGUCAGCUAAAGGAAAGGAUAGGCCUCCUUGUUCAUUCUGUCAUGAAAAUCAGCAUAGGCUCCAUGGAUGUCCCAAGUUCACUGAAAAAACACUGGAAGAGCGGCGAGAAUUCUUUAAGAAACAUAACCUCUGCUAUGGCUGCACUAAACCUGGUCAUAGUGCAAAAGACUGCCGAUAUCGACAUACUUGUAAUACAUGUAAAGGCAGACAUCCCACUUGUCUGCAUGACAACAAUUAUGUAAGGAAAGAAAGGGCAUCACUACAGGAAAAUGCCACCCCAAGUAGUCACACAGAAGCUGUUGCAACUUCCAUGUCAGUGACUACAGGACAGGCUACCAACACGUCUAUGAUUGUGCCCGUAUGGGUUUCAAGGAAUGAUUCACAAACAGAAAAGCUGGUUUAUGCAUUGCUGGACACACAAAGUGACACGACAUUUGUCGACCAGGAAGUAAGUAAUUCUCUAAAGGCAGAGUCCUGUCCAGUCAAACUAAAGUUAACAACCAUGAUUGGACGUGAUGUGGUGAUGAAAAGCCAAAGGGUCUCAGGGCUUCGUGUACGAGGCUACUCCUCCUCUCUCUACAUUGACCUUCCUCCCACUUAUACCAAGGAUUGCAUACCGGUAAACCGUGCUCAUAUUCCUACAUGUGAAACAGCCAAAAAUUGGAAUCAUCUUUCAAAGGUUGUAAAUGAGAUUGCACCACUGCAGGAUUGCGAAGUUGGACUUUUAAUAGGAUAUAACUGUGCAAGGGCAAUGACACCGAGAGAAGUAAUAGCAGGAGGAAAUGAUGAGCCCUUUGCGGUUCGUACCGACCUAGGGUGGAGCAUAAUGGGUUGCUCCUCACCAUGUCUGGAUGCUUCAAGUGCAGUUAGACAAUGUUUUCGAGUUGCAGUCAAGGAGCUCCCUUCGAUUACCCCUGGAGAUGCUAUUCGUGUUCUGGAGUCUGACUUCAAAGAUGCCCAAGAAGAUGGCAGGACAGCAUCCCAGGAAGACAUUCUGUUCUUGGAUAAGCUCAAGAACGCCAUCAAGAAAAACAGUCAAGGUCACUAUGAGAUGCCGUUACCCUUUAAGGAGAGACCCAUCUUACCUGACAACAAACAGCUUGCCAUUGUACGCCUCAGCCAUCUCAAGAGGAAGUUGUUAAGAGAUGAAGAUCACAGAAAGGAGUACAUCAAGUUUAUGGAAGAAGUCAUAGAAAAUGGGUAUGCAGAAGAAGUCCAUGAAGAAGGAAAGGAGGGCGAAAAAUGGUACAUACCUCAUCACGGUGUAUACCAUGCUAAAAAGCCAGACGAGCUACGUGUGGUAUUUGAUUGUUCAGCUAAGUACAAGGGUACCAGUCUAAAUGAUCAUCUGCUUACUGGACCUGACUUGAUGAACAAUCUAAACGGGGUCCUCCUUCGCUUCCGGCUCAACUCGACCGCAUUUAUGUGCGACGUUGAAAAGAUGUUUUAUCAGUUUCACGUUAAAGAGUCAGACCAAGAUUACCUGCGCUUCCUUUGGUGGAAGAAAGGAGAUCUUAGCGUGCAGCCCCAGGAGUACCGAAUGAGAGUGCAUAUCUUUGCCGCAGCUUCCUCGCCUGGGUGCGCAAACUAUGGCUUAAAACAUCUGGCCACAGCAAAUAAAGACCAGUAUCCACUAGGUUCAAAGUUCAUUAUGAGAGACUUUUAUGUUGAUGACGGGAUAGCAAGUGUGGAUAGUACGGAAAAGGCCAUUCAGCUGGCUCAAGAGGCCAGAGAACUUUGUGCUCUUGGAGGUCUUAGGCUCCACAAGUUUGUGUCUAACAACAGAGCUGUUUUGGAAAGCAUACCAUCCUCUGAACGCUCGUCUGAUGUUAAAGAUCUAAACCUUAACUGUGAUGACCUCCCUUCAGAGAGAGCGUUGGGUAUCCAAUGGCAUGUCAACUCAGACUGCUUGAAGUUCAGCAUUAAUCUGAAAGACCAGCCCGCAACACGUCGAGGCAUACUAUCCGUGGUUGCCUCCUUGUACGACCCUUUAGGGUUUGUAGCCCCAUUUUUGCUUGUUGGAAAGGCAGUGCUGCAGGAAAUGUGUAGACGUGGAACGAACUGGGAUGAUCCUUUGACAGAGGAACUUCGUCCACGGUGGGAGAAAUGGAAAAACGACCUUAUCAACAUAGAAAAAUUAAACAUACCCCGGAGUUAUGCACCUGUGGAGUUUGGAAAAGCUACAAAAAGAGAGCUGCACCACUUCUCAGAUGCAAGCAUGUCUGGCUAUGGACAGUGUUCAUACUUAAGACUCAUGAAUGAAGAAGGAAAGAUCCACUGUGCCUUAGUUAUGGCAAAAUCUCGUGUUGCUCCAACAAAGGUCAUCACAAUUCCGAGAUUAGAGCUCACAGCUGCAGUAAUCUCAGUGAAAACCAGUAUUGUGCUAAAAGAGGAGCUUGGAGAUGCUGACAUAAAGGAGUAUUUCUGGACAGAUUCCAAGGUCGUACUAGGGUACAUCAACAAUGAGGCUCGCCGUUUCCACAUGUUUGUGGCCAACCGUGUCCAGAAAAUACAUCAAAGUACAACUCGAGAUCAGUGGCGAUAUGUUCCCUCUGACCUAAACCCGGCAGAUCAUGCCUCUAGAGGGCUAUCCAUCGAUGAACUGAUAUCGUCGACCUGGUUCACUGGCCCCACUUUCUUAUGGGAAAGAGAAAUCCACUUUCCACAAGUGGUGAUCUCAGAACUGCCUGUGGGAGAUCCAGAAGUAAAGGGAGCUCAGACCCUAAGCACGGAAACUAGAGAACAAGACUCUAUCACGGAUCACUUGUUAAAACUCUCGUCCUGGUCCAGGGCUGUACGUGCAGUGGCACGCAUCCUUCGCAGGAUUAACAGAGACAAAUCAAACAGUCUCUCAACAGAGAAGGAAAGACAAGAUGCGGAGUGCGUGAUAAUCAAAGACCUACAGAGACAAAUAUAUUCAGAGGAACUGAGGCUGCUAAUAAAGGGCUCUCAACUGCCACCCCGCAACAGUCUGCACCGCCUCAACGCCUUUGUGGACAAAGAUGGUGUGAUCAGGGUGGGAGGACGACUCCGUGAUUCAAAUCUCCCUUACGAAGUCAAACACCCAGCUAUCAUUCCAAAGGAACAUCACAUCACCAGAAUGAUCAUCGCACACUGUCACGAAAAGAUUAAACAUCAAGGCAAAGGAAUGACCAUUAAUGCCAUCAGGGAGAAAGGCUAUUGGAUAUUAGGGAUUGGUCGGGCCGUGGCAUCUCAUAUCCGUGUGUGUGUGAAGUGUCGUAAGCUUCGGAGAUGCACAGAAGAACAAAAAAUGGCUGAUCUCCCUCCAGAGCGUGUUGAUUCAUUCCCCCCCUUUUUAUACUGUGGGAUGGACUGCUUUGGGCCUUUCUACACAAAGCAGGGGCGAAACACACGUAAAAGAUAUGGACUUCUCUUCACCUGCUUUUCCUCUAGGGCCAUCCAUAUCGAAAUGUUGGAGGAUCUUUCAACGGACUCCUUCAUAAAUGGGAUGCGUUGCUUCAUUGCCAUACGUGGGGCAGUGCGCCAGAUUAAAUCUGACCAAGGAAGCAACUUUCUGGGCGCUAAAAAUGAACUGAAGGAAGCUCUCAAAGAAGUCGACAAUGACAGAUUGGCAACCUUUCUCUCUGAGAAUCAAUGUGAUAUUGUUAUGAAUGCUCCAGGUUCAAGCCAUGUUGGCGGAGUGUGGGAGCGACAAAUUAGAACGGUCAGGAGCGUUCUCAACUCCACCCUCUCACUCUCUCCGGGAAAUCUUGACGAUGCUUCCCUUCGAGCAUUCUUCUAUGAGGCAAUGGCAAUAGUGAACAGCCGCCCUCUCACUGUUGAAAAUCUCAAUGAUCCCAACAGCCUCGAGCCACUCACCCCUAACCACCUACUCACCAUGAAGUCUACUCCAGCUCUUCCUCCCCCAGGCAAGUUUGUCAGAGAAGACCUGUAUGCCAAAAGAAGAUGGCGGCAUGUGCAAUAUUUAGCAGAGCAGUUUUGGAGCCGUUGGCGGAAAGAGUAUCUGUCCAACGUUGCUGUUAGACAAUGCUGGCAUGCCCCAAGGAGGAACCUGCAAGUGGGAGAUAUAGUCCUGAUGAAAGACGAUGACUUCCCCAGAAAUGACUGGAAGUUGUGUAGAGUUAUAGAAACUACAGUGGAUAGAGAUGGUUUGGUUAGGAGAGUAAAGAUAUGUUUGGGUGACAGAAAGCUAGGCAAAAAAGGUGAACGUCUCACCAAACAGUCAGUACUUGAACGGCCAGUUCAGAAACUGGUCCUGUUACUAGAUAACGAAUAA